AUGGCGCGUUCUCCUCUAGCUUCCUCACUCGUGGCGGCACUCCUCGUAACCGCGCUAAUCACGCGACCUGGCGGCGCUACUCCCCAGUCGACACCUGCCGCACUCCAAUCGCGCGUCUCGUCGGUAACAGGCAGCAUCCCCGCUAUCACCAAACGCGCUACCUCCCUCAACACGGACCUGGCGGGCAUCCUCCCCAACCUCCGCGCGUUGCUGAGUCAGCGAGUCGCGGCGCUCACUCAGAGGGUGGGCGCACUGAAUGUGGACGUGUCGGCGCUCGCUGCGCAGGUGGACGCGCUGAUCGCCCCGCUGAGUGACGCCCUUGGCGUGGCGGACCUCGUGGCUCUGCUGCCGCAGCCAGCAGGCAUGCUCCGUGGCGUGCUCACCUCGUGCGAGGGCCUUCUCCCGGUGGGAGCAGCCAACAUCCAGAUCACCAACAUGGGCUGGGCGUACGCGGUGGCGUACGAGCUGGUGGCGACGGGCAUGGCGGAGGCACCGCAGGCGGCGGCCAUCUACAGCGGCAACAGCACGUGCGGGCAGGCAGCCCCACCCGUGGCGCUGCAGCUGCCCGGCACGUGGCAGCUGCUGAGCUCCGUGUCGUGGUCGCUGGCCAAUGUGCUCACUGUCGCGCCGGCGGACCUGGCGGACGUGCUCAGCGCCAUCCAGGCUGGCAUCAAUGGCCAGCUCUACAUUGGCUUCACCGGCACCAGCAGCAGCUUGUCGGGCAAGCUCAUUGGUGACAGGUUCUGA